UAUGACAUGCAUGGUAUAUGUCAAUGAUCCAUCCCAGUAGACAGUAGACGUCAGAAUCAUCGGAGUGGAAUUAUCGUUGACAAGUCGUGGACAAAAAGUGACCUGGAAUUCCUCGUGCAACGAUCAAGACGUCAUUGGUUAAUUAAUAAAAAAUCGAAUCGUUGAUUCAAUAAUUGUCCAUCAGCAAUGGCUACAGGUGGUAGUAGUAGUUUUAUAAGCAAGCCAGCCAGAGGAUGGUUACAUCCUGAUCAUUUAGUAAGUAAAGAAGGAAUUACUUACACUGUAAAGUAUAUAGGAUGUCUCGAAGUUCACACGUCCAUGAAAAGUUUAGACUUUGAUACACGUUCAUCUGUAGCCAAAGAGUGUAUAAAUAGAGUUUGCGAAGCUGCUGGCUUAAAAUCUGCUGACAAAAAAAGAAGGGUUGAUAGAAAGGUAUUAAGAGCCAUAGCAGAUAAACCGCGUAUGGAGCACAGUGCUGCUAGUGUUAAUUUAACCAUCAGCAGUUGCAGUUUAUCCUUAACUAAUAUUGAAACCGGACACAUUAUUGCGAAGCAUGACAUGCCACGAAUAUCUUUCGCUUCAGGCGGCGACACGGAGAUAUUGGAUUUUGUCGCGUACGUCGCCAAAAAUUUGGAAGAAUGGCGAGCGUGUUACGUGCUCGAAUGUGGAGGUGGUUUAGCGCAAGAUGUUAUAUCUACUAUUGGACAAGCGUUUGAGCUUAGGUUUAAAGAGUUCCUCACGAAGCCGAAUUCUCUGCAUCCAGCGUUAAACGGUGUCAGAGAAGCGGACAGAGAUUAUUACAACGAUCUGCCAGGGAAAGUACCACCAGAUAUUAGUCCACCACCAGUGCCACCCUUGCCUACGACAGCGUCAACACUGCCUAAUCUAAAACAUCAUCAAAAUCAUGCUUCCCGCGCUCACGCACAAAACAUUGCAGUUGAGUCAUUCUCUCCCGCGGAUAGACAACAAUGGGCAGAAACUGGAAAUCUAAUUGACUUAAAUUCGGAUGGUGCUAUAUCUUCGUCGACAAAUUUAAAUAUAAUGCCUGAACACAAUUAUGUAAAUAACAGUGUCAUAGCAGCAAACAGAGACAAUCAUCGCGAUCCAACGUCGCUUUUUGACGUUUUUGAUAUGCAACCGUUUAGUUCUGCAAUAUCAGACAUGAACAGAUUAAGCCCUCGAUCACAAAAACAGCAAUUGAAACAAGAAAUUUGGUUUCAUGGAAGUGUUAGUAGAUCUGAAGCGGAAUCCAUGCUUUCAAGGGAUGGCGACUUUUUGGUUCGAGAAUCGCAAGGUUCUCCUGGUCAGUAUGUGCUAACUGGAAUGAAUAACUGUACCCCAAAACAUUUAUUGUUAAUUGAUCCUGAAGGUGUCGUUCGCACAAAAGAUCGUGUAUUCGACAGUGUAAGCCAUUUAGUGAAUCAUCACUGCGACAACGUGUUGCCGAUCAUAUCGGCUGAUAGUGUUCUAGUGUUGCGUUAUCCCAUCCCCAGGCAUACAAAUUAUUGAUUUCUGAAAUAAUAUCGAAUAACAAUCAAGAAGACAGACUUGAUAAAGAUUUUCCAAAUAGUUAUUUUACGUAUUCUUGCGUGCGAGGACCCUUGGCAAGUCUGCUUCUUUUUGGUAUUUUUAAAAUCAGUCGCUCUACAGAUUAUAUAUAUAUAUAUAUAUAAACAAUAUAUAUAGUUUGUAGCAUCUUUCUAUGAUAUAUGAAAUAGAUGAUUUAUGAAUACGUAUUUAUGAAUCCUUAUAAAAUGUAUCAAUCCAGCCAAAGUAAUUGAUAUAAGUUUUAUUAAUUUAUCCAAAUUAUAAGCACAUUCCGAUCGUUUUAUG